UACAAGAUCCAUUGAUACCAGAAGUCCCAAUUCUAUCCGAAAAGAAUAAAACGGCGUAGGAAUCUUGAGCUUUAGAUCGAACGAAAUCCAUCUUGGGAUGCAUGGCGUGCCGCGUUAGUAAUAUCAACUGUCUCCGGGCAUACCCUCCUUCUACGCCGCGUUUCUCGCCCCAAUGUCAUCACCAAAACCCUAACUCUCCUCCUCUCCUACUUAAUAAUCAUUCCUUUCCCCCUCCACUUACCCUCAAACCCCAUCUUCCAAAACAGAUGAUGUCGUGCUCCGUUACUCUUCGGCGCAGCUUUGUUACUGUGAAGUCUCACAUGGCCACUGCCGAGGAGAUGUCUAUUUCUGAGGACCGCAUGCUUGUAUUUGUGCCUCCACAUCCAUUGAUAAAGCACUGGGUUUCCGUUUUGAGAAAUGAACAAACUCCUUCCCCGAUUUUCAGGAAUGCUAUGGCUGAGUUAGGCAGGAUACUUAUGUAUGAAGCUUCAAGGGACUGGUUGCCUAUGGUCACUGGAGAGAUUCAGUCACCGAUGGGAGUUGCAUCUGUUGAAUUUAUUGAUCCAAGAGAGCCUGUGGCAAUUAUUCCAAUCUUGCGAGCUGGUCUUGCUCUUGCAGAACAUGCAUCAUCAAUUCUGCCAGCAACCAAAACAUACCAUCUAGGGAUAAGUAGAGAUGACGAGACACUUCAACCAACAAUAUAUCUGAAUAAGUUGCCUGACACAUUCCCUGAAGGGUCUCGAGUACUUGUGGUCGAUCCUAUGCUGGCAACAGGGGGUACGAUAGUUGCGUCGCUUGAACUUAUUAAGGAACGCGGGGUUGAAAACCAGCAGAUCAAAGUGAUAUCUGCUGUAGCUGCUCCUCCAGCCCUUCAAAAGCUCAGUGAGAAAUUCCCAGGGCUUCAUGUUUACACUGGAAUCAUAGACCCCACUGUUAACGACAAAGGGUUCAUAGUUCCUGGACUUGGAGAUGCAGGAGAUCGCAGCUUCGGAACAUGAAGUCCAAGUAGAUUUUCAUGCAUGCCCUAGCCUGUUCUUAAUUUCUUGGCUUGCAAUUUUGAUUAUUGAGUGUCACUUAUUUCAGCACUUAAAAAGGCUUUCGUGAGUUUUUUGCAAUGGUUCAGCUCAUAGAAAGGGGGAAAAUCAGAAAUUGAGGAAUUUUGUAAAAGAAAAGAAAAUUGUAUUCUAAUUGGCAAAAAGUUUAUUUGCUUGCUUGGCAUACUGUGAAGCCACCAAUCAAAGCAUGCAGUAAAAUCACAUCAGCCACUUGAAAUCGAAGUCUUAGAUAGCUUGGAUGUUCAUGCUUUUUAGUGUCACUUCGACUUAUAGAAAAUUACUAUUGACUUUUGAGUCCUGAUUCAGAAGUUUUAUAUAUAUAA